UCGGGCCGUGAGGCACAAACAGGCUGCUUUGGCCAGCAGGGACCUUCCUGUCUCCCCUCAGGCUGCUGUGGGAGACAUUUCCCUUCACCCCUCAGAGGGGGCCUGUCCCAGGCCAGGGGAUGUGUGGGCUCCAGCUCCGGCCUUGUGAUGGCCCCCGGCAGUUGCUCUCUGCCCCCCAUCCCCUCAGCCCAGCUGGGCCCCUCUGCGUGGGGCUGGGGGAGUCUCCCAACGGGGCCGUUUGCUCCGCAGCCUCAGCUCCUGCUGGGUCCCUGCCUCAGGGCAGCUGCUGCCCCGUCCCCCUCAGGCCAAGCGGCUCCGGGUCAUUUGCCGAAUGUCCCCAGAACAAAAGUUCCCCUUGGCAAACGGCCGAUUCGGGGAAACGAGAUAUGAGAAAACAGGGAGGAGGGUUAAAAGUUGGGAAUUAGGGCUGCCGAUGGGGUCACUGAGCAGAGGAGCCUGGGCAGGACUCACUCCAGAGACGCCCCGGGGCUCUGGUCGCAGACCUGGGGUGCAAGAGAAAUGGGAAAAGGCCACCGCCUGCUGGGGCCGUAGAUGGCCGUGGUGGUUGAUGCCAGAGAGGGGCUGAUGGGGAGGUUUGGCCAGGCUGUGGGGCCGUGGGUGGGGUGUGCUAGGGGAGCGGGGAGAAGCACAGCCACGUGCCCAGCCGGACAAGCUGCGAGAGGGGCUGUGACCUGGGAAACAUGCCAAGGUGUCAGCAGCGGACCGGCUGGAGGAUACCGCGCCUGCACAGGAGUGGAGGGCCCAGAACUGGACACAAUACUCCAGAUGUGGCAUCACCAGAGCCGAAUAAAGGGGAAUAAUCUCCUCUCAGGAAUAAUCAUUUCAGAAGUGAGAAGCUGGAGUGAAGACCCUGCUUCAGACUCCUGGGGAAAAAACAAAUGUGACUUGUGCUGCAGAGAGCAGGAUUUUGCAGAAGAAGUAAAGCCAGAGAUUUUGCCAGGCCCACAGAAGCACCAGAAAACAUACAGGGUUAACUUCCCACAGGCAGGCUUCUUCAGAUGCUCUAAAACUGAACUGGGGUUCGAGGUGACGGCAGCCGUGACCAUCAAAUACGAGUAUGAAUCCUGGCGUUGCCAUCAGACUAAACUGGAGAAGCAGCAGUGGAUGGUGGCCGGCCCGUUGUUCAACAUCCGGGCAGAACCGGCCGGGGCCGUGGCAGCCCUGCACCUCCCGCACUUCCUGUGCCUGGCAGGGGCAGAGGCUGAUGUCACCCGGCUGCGAGUCGCCCAUUUUGUCGGUGGGAGGAUGACGCUGGAGGAGCCAACGCGAGUGAUGCCUUUCCACACCGUACUGGAGAGUCCCACCUUCUCCUUGUGGGGAGUUGUCACUCAAAUACUCAAACGUUUCCGAUCUCCUUCGAUCCACAGCAUCGCGCUGCUCUACCGGGCAUUCAGGGCUCAAAAUGUAACGCUUCACCUGUACCUGAUACCUGACAUCCGUGCUCUGAAAGAGGUAAUCGAUGACAAUGAAAGGAAGAACAAAUCAAUACGUGUGCGCAAGCCUUCUAAAACCAAGCCAUUGACCUAUGGCUCCCACUGUUCAGUAUCCAGCCCGUCCAAUAUAGAAGUAACACCUGAGGACUUGGAGUUCUGUUAUGUGGACCCCCAAGAUGAACAUCUGUACAUAGAGAUUUACACCCCGGGCUUUGAGGACAGGCUGGAGCUCAGCUUGGAAACACAAAAUGAAAGGCAACCCAUCUGGAAGGCCUUUGUGAGACCAGGGGACAUUGAGCCGGGUUCGCCACCAGCACAGCGCCACACAGGAGGCGGCCGGAGGAAGACAAAGAGAGAUCAUCUCCUGGGCGCCCUGAAAGACCUGCAGAAGGCUGAGCUGAAGGAGUUCAAGAGCAAGCUGACGGACAUGGAGCUGGAGGGACACCACACACACAUAGCUCGACGUGACCUGGAGAAGGCAGGGCCUGUGGAGAUCACUCAGCUGCUGAUCGGUCACUACACGGAGCGCGAUGCGGUGGGGGUGACCAUGAUGGUGCUGGAUGCCAUCAACAAGAGAGACCUGGCAGAGAAACUCCGCAGGGCAACAACAAUGGGUGAUCAGGAAUGAGCCAUGGGAGAAGAUCAGUCUCCGCCUUGCAAGGGAUCCCAUUGCAUCUCUGUGUCCGCAUCCUCCCAUUUCUCUGGGUUCUAAGCACAAUCCCAGAUCGGAUAAACCCCGCUGUCUCCAUAAAUCAGAGCCCUCAGGAACUGGAUACAAAUCAGUUCCUUUCUAAGUCCACAGUGACAGAGACGCAGCCAUGUUAGUCUGGUCUAGCUGAAAUCUUGUUAGUCUUUAAAGUGAUACAUAGUUCUGUCUUUUGUUUCUAAGUCCAUGGCUUUCUGACCCUUUCGAAUCUGGGUUCACUUUAAUUGUUUCUCUAUUUUCCCCCUUCCCCAAACUGUUUUUAAACCACCCCCCCCUGCUCUUGUCUGCAACCUGCAGUUAAUGGGUCUGUCGACACUAGGAAACUAUUUCAGAAUAACUACAUUUGAAAUAAUAACUCCCAAAAUAACAAUUUUGAAAUAAGCUUAUUCUCUGAGAAAAUGGGGAAUGAAGAUUUUGAAAUAAUCAGCCUGUUAUUUCAAAAUAAUGGGCUUGGUACCAUGGACCCACUGCUUGUUAUUUCUAAAUAAGGGGGGUUAUUUCAAAGUAACUCCCUAGUGUAGACCAAGGCAGUCAGUCUUGAUUUUAUUAUAUCCUUACCUGUAUGAGUUUGUUCUUAAUCCUUCCACUAGUUACCCUGCAGGGUGUUAAACAGUUGCUAUUAGACAUUUUUUUAACUCACCGUGUUCAGAUUACUUGUAUCCAAGAGUUUUAAAAGAUUUGGAUCAGAGUUGUUGGUGUUCUUUUCCAAUAAUUCUUGGAACACCUGCAAUAUUCAAGAAGACUGGAAGAAAGUGAAUGUUGUGCCAGUAUUUUCAAAGGGUAAAUGAAGUGACUCAGGUAAUUAUAGACAGGUUGGCCUGACAUAAAUCCUGGGCAAGAUAAUGGUGCAGCCAACAUGGGACUUAAUACAAAGUGUAAUGAAGGUAAUAACAAUAAUGCUAAUCACAAUGGGUUUUUGGACUAUAGAUCCUGUUGAGCAGUUUGAUAACGUUUUUCAUGAGAUUACAAUAGG